AUGGCUUCAUCAAGCUUCUCACCAGCUGCACCUCCAUUCUUCAAUGGAGAAGGAUAUCACAUUUGGGUGGUCAAGAUGAGGACCUACCUCCAGGCAUUCGAUCUAUGGGAAGUGGUUAACUCAGAUGCUGAACCAGCACCAUUGAGAGCCAAUCCAAUAGUGGCUCAGAUCAGGCAACAUGCUGAUGAAAGGACCGAGAGGCACAAAGCCAUGUCCUGUAUUCAGAACUGUGUAUCAGAUGUGAUCUUCACAAGGAUCAUGGCCUAUAAGACACCAAAGCAAGCAUGGGAUAGAUUGAAGGAGGAGUUUCAAGGAACUGAAAGAACAAGGCAACAGCAGCUCCUAAACUUGAAAAGAGACUUCGAGGAUUUAAAGAUAAAGGAAGAAGAAACUGUCAGGCAGUAUUCAAACAGAAUUAUGGCUAUGGUUAAUAGCAUAAGGCUCUUUGGAGAGCAGUUUAAUGAGGCAAGAAUAGUAGAGAAGAGAAAAGAAGAGCCAGCAUACAAGAGGAGCACUAGGACGGUGCCUUCCAAGCUAAAACAAAGCUUGACUCGAGUACCACUUCCUACAAAGGCAAGAAAGCUUGGAGAGACAGACCAAAGCCAUGUUGAGAGGGUUUGCAAAGAAAAAGGCAGACCAAGGCAGAACCAGCAGCAGCCAAGGGAUGAAGCUCGGGUAGCUAAAGAAGACAGUGACAAUGAGGAACAGGUCUUUGCUGUCUCUUGCUCAGCUGCUCAGGAGAAAAUUUCAAAUGGUUGGCUCCUAGAUAGUGGUUGCACCAACCAUAUGUCACCAAAUACAGCUAUUUUCAAGUUCUUAGAUAGAAGCUGUAAAACUAAAGUUAAAGUUGGCAAUGGCUACUUUAUCAAGGCAGAAGGAAAGGGAGAUGUGGUUGUUUGCACUCCAAUAGGUAACAAGAUUAUUUCAAAUGUUUUGUUGGUUCCUGAAAUUGACAGAAACUUGUUAAGUAUAGCUCAGUUACUUGAAAGAGGCUAUACUGUGGUGUUCAAAGAAAAUGAAUGUCAGAUUAGUGAUCCAAGUGGAUUUAUGCUCAUGUCAGUAGCAAUGUAA